CCUCAGGCGCCACGGGGAUGGUGCCCUGAGGAAUCCCAGCCGGGCCCAGGGACAGCGCGGCAGCGGCGCCGCCGUCCCUCCCUUGCACGCCCCCGGCCCAUGCAGCCGCGCCGAGGGCGGGACUCUCCGGUGCGGCGGUGAGGGGAGGGGGGAGGUCCCAGCUGCGCUGUCCCCGCACCUCGGCGGUGUGUCUCCGUCAGGCGACGUGCUGUAAAUGCGUGUGCUGUGGCUGUUCUGCGUCGCCCUGGGGGCGGUUGCGGCGGGGGCCGCCGGGGUCGGCCGGCUGUGCCCGGAGCGCAGCACGGUAUGGGGGCCCGGGCUGCGGCCGGAGGCGGCCCUGCCCGCUCGUUACUUUUACGUGCAGGCCGUGGACGGCGAAGGGCAGAGGUUCACUUCAUCGCCAGGUGAAAAUGCAUUCCAGGUGAAGAUCACUGCUCCUGAUGAACAGUUCACUCGGGUUGGCGUGCAAGUGUUAGAUAGGAAAGAUGGCUCCUUCCUGGUGAGGUACAGGAUGUAUGCAAGCUACAGAAACCUGAAGAUAGAAGUGAAAGCUGGAGAAAAACAUGUUGCAAAGUCUCCAUAUAUUUUAAAAGGACCUGUUUACCAUGAAAACUGUGACUGCCCUCAGGAGGACAGCAGUGCAUGGCUGGAAGAGAUGAACUGCCCUCAAGUCAUUCCACAGAUUCAAAGAGACCUAGCAAAUUUUCCCAUUGUUGAUCCAGAUAAGAUCGCAAAAGAAAUUCCACAGAGGUUUGGACAAAGACAGAGUUUGUGCCACUACACCAUCAAAGAUAAUGAGGUUUAUAUAAAGACAUAUGGGGAACAUGUUGGCUUCAGAAUUUUCAUGGAUGCCAUACUGCUUUCUUUGACAAGAAAAGUGAAAAUGCCAGACGUAGAAUUUUUUGUUAAUUUGGGGGACUGGCCUCUGGAGAAGAAGAAGCCCCCACAAAACCUGCACCCCAUCUUCUCAUGGUGUGGGUCCAGCGAGUCAAAAGACAUUGUCAUGCCAACAUAUGACUUAACAGACUCUGUUUUGGAGACUAUGGGACGAGUCAGCCUGGAUAUGAUGUCGGUUCAAGCGAACACUGGCCCAUCGUGGGAAGACAAGAACACCACAGCGUUCUGGAGAGGGCGUGACAGCCGCAAAGAGAGGCUCGAGCUCGUCAAACUCAGCAGGAAAUACCCAGAGAUCAUAGAUGCUGCUUUCACCAACUUUUUUUUUUUCAAGCAUGAUGAAAGCCUCUACGGCCCCAUUGUGAAGCACAUUUCCUUUUUUGAUUUUUUUAAGUAUAAAUAUCAAAUUAAUAUUGAUGGCACAGUGGCAGCAUACAGAUUGCCUUAUCUACUAGCAGGAAACAGUGUGGUGUUAAAGCAAGACUCCAUCUACUACGAGCAUUUUUAUAACGAGCUGCAGCCAUGGAAACAUUAUAUUCCAUUUAAAAAUGACCUGAGUGAUCUACUAGAAAAACUACAGUGGGCAAAAGAGCACGAUGAAGAGGCAAAAAAUAUUGCAAAAUCUGGGCAAGAAUUUGCAAGAAACAAUCUCAUGGGAGACCACAUUUUUUGUUACUAUUUCAAACUCUUCCAGGAAUAUGCCAGCUUGCAAGUGAGUGAGCCAAAAAUCCGAGAUGGGAUGGAGAAAGUGCAGCAGACAGACGACGACCUUUUUCCAUGCACUUGCCACAGAAAGAAGACAAAAGAUGAACUCUGACAGAGGAAAAUAAAGCCACUUUUUUGGAAUAUCUGACAACAUUCAGACCGUCUUCUUAAGGGAAGAGGAAUAAUUUGGAUUAAAAUGCCAGAGGGUAACACCAAUGGAUACGAUGAAGUUUUAUCAUGAUCUACAAAUGGAAGAAAACCAAGUAUGCUGUUUCCCUUCCAUCAUGCAGUGGUUGCAGAGCCUUGUUCAAAAACGUUUUUAAUUUUUUUUUUUAAUAAAACCCAGGUUUGUAUCA